AUUGCUUCAUAGGAGUUUAGAGUUUGUGAAGACGAUUGUUUCGCAAGCCUACUUGAUGCCUCUUCCGGUGACGCUGAGUCCAGUCUAUUGGGCUCACGAAACAGCUCUCAGAUUGUAUCCACUCCCAGAUCUUAUUGUAAUGGCGGAUUCAUUCCAACCCUACACUGCAAAAAAUACUGGUUGCAUUGUAACUAAUCCGAGCUCUUUUUCAAAUGGAAACUACGCUUUCAAAGUCUACAUUCCCUCGUCUCGUGAAGUGGAGGACAGCCAAAUACCCGAAGAAACAUGAAUAGACUAUAAAAAUUGAGUUACUGUAAUAUAGUCACUACAUUGUUUGUAAUAAAUCGUUCCAAUUUGUUA